UUGAACAAGGCCUUGCAUGCGGGUAGCGAUUGGUCAGACAAAGACGAAUUGUUAGACGUAGUGUAUUGGGGAAAACAGCGAAAUCACCAUUUUCCCUUUUGCCGAUUAUUCUUUGUGCUAGUGAAAUCUCAUCGUUACAUCCGGGAGCAAAAAAUAUUUGCGAAACUUUUUAUAUCCAUUCAGAUCUUAUCCUUAAUCAUUGGUGUGACGUUUGGUGCUGCUUCCAUGCAUGGAAUUCUUGCUAUUCUUGCAUAUGUCGUGAUAUCAACUAUGGUUGCUCAGCACUUUGUUGUAAAAUACCAGCAAGUGGACGAAGAUGAGGUUGGAGGAUUCUGGGAAUUAGCUAAAGAAGGUUUUGGAUCCGCAUUCGCAACAUUUAUGGUCGCAUGGAUUACGGUUUAUUCGGCUCUUUACCACAACUCUUAA